AUGAUCAAAAGAUUAUUUUUUUCGUUAUGUAUCAUUUUUUUAUUAAAUAAUAAUAAUAGGGGUGUAAAUGCCAAUUCAUAUCCAGAUUUCAAAUAUGAUCAAAACGAAGCUCUUCAAUAUUUAAUUUUUUCUUAUGCAGCAUACUGCUCAGGCAAUGAUAUUCAAACAUGGAAUUGCACAACAUGUCAAAACCCACAAAUUAAAGAUUUCAAUAUUGUAUCAUCCAUUUUUAAUAUUACAACAAACACACAAGCAUAUGUUGGUUAUUUAAGCGAUCAGGUCGUUGUUUCAUUCAGAGGCUCAAUGGAUGUUCAAAGUUGGAUCACUAACUUCCAAUUCCUCCAAACACCAUACGAACCAUACCCAUCAGCCAAAGUCCACCAAGGUUUUUAUAACGCCUGGUUAAGCGUUAGAGAGGAGGUAAAGUCAGCAAUUGAUAUUUCAUUAAGUAGAUGCGGUAGUGGAUGCGGCAAGAUUAUGGUUGUAGGUCACAGUUUAGGUGGAGCACUUGCAACACUUUGCAUUUCAGAAGUUCAAGGAUGGUACACUAUUCCAGCUUAUAUUUACAACUAUGGUUCACCAAGAGUUGGUGAUGUUACAUUUGCAAGUUACUUUAAUAAGGUUCAACCAAAUACCUAUAGAGUUGUAAAUCAAAAAGAUAUUGUACCACAUGUAGCUCCACAAGGUUUAUUAAACUAUCAUCAUGUUCCAACCGAAGUUUAUUUCCCAACCAAUGAUACCCAAGAUUAUAGAGUUUGUAAUGAUUCUGGCGAGGAUCCAACUUGCAGCGAUUCAGUUAUUGGUUUAUCAAUCUAUGAUCAUCUCCAUUAUUUCAAUCAACAUUGUUGUUGUAGAUAA